AAGGAGACGAAGAGGUACACGGAAUGAAGAUGGUAGUAAGGUGUGAUUGAAGUUUUGGACUGUGGUUAAUGAUGGAAUAGAAAUGUCGGAGAAUAAUUGAAGGAACUGUUUUCAAACUUUUACUGUUGGCAAAGUAAAGGAAUCAGUUUUAAAACAACGUCGUGGUGCAGAAACCACGUAUUAAGCCGAGAGCUGAUUUUAGUGAGAAAAAAAAAUGAUUAGAAAACUGGAGAAAUACUGUAGGUAAUGACUUAGCUAAGAAUAUGGUGGAAGGAUGUUAGUUAGAAGAACGACGCGAUAAAGAAUAAACAAAACUAUGUUCGUUCCUGUGCCCGAGGACUUCGUUCCAUACUCCAUACUGUUGAUCAACGUAAUUCUCUUCAAAGUUAUGCGGGAUGUGACGUUUGCUGUUGUACCUUCACAUCUACGCUCUCUAGUGGCAGAAUUUAUAUCAACUUUAGAACUCUGCAGCGACUACGCGGAGUUAGGUGUAGUCUACGAGCGCCACGGCUACGUUGCGUUAGGGUUAACCCUGACCUUAGUAAGUUACUGGUGGCAUCAAGUAUUUGAAGAUACUGAGGCUUGUCCCUGCGGUCCCAUCGAAGACUACGUACUUAGAUAUCCAGUGCCAUCUGGCGACAUAGCAAAGACAUUAAUUGGUCAAAUUCUGGGGGGAAUUUGCUCAAUCAGGUACACAAAGCUAGUGUGGUCUUUUCAUCUAAUAUCAGAACAUCGAGUCCUUCACACAACUCAACUUUGCAAAGCAGUACUAAAGAUAACUGUGUUACGAGGUGUCUUGAUUGAAGCCUUUAUUACUUUCGUCAGCCGACUGGUGGCGCUUCAGUCUAGAAAGUGGGACGUAAAAACAGCUGGAGUUAUCAACUCCAUCACCAUUACAGUUUUAUCGCUAGGAGCUCUCGGCACAACGGGAGGAUUUUUUAACCCUAUCUUAGCGUCUGUCUUAACACUUGGUUGCCAUGGUAACACAUUAACGGAACACGUUGCCGUUUACUGGAUUGGAGCUUUUCUUGGUGGGCUGGUUGCUAGGUUACUUCAUCAAACACUAGAGGAGGUAACAAAACGGAAAGAGUCUUAAACUUUACUUGUUUGCUUAUUGUAAAUGUGAAGAUGUGCUGUGCCCUCUGCUCGGAUCCAACCCCAAAUUUUGGUGUCAUAAGCCCUCGAGUUUGUCGCUGAACUUUAAACAAUAACUGGAGAUUGCCUACGUUCACCUUCGAUAUUUACAUACAUCACAUCUGCUUUUUAUACUUUCAACAGGUAACGGUUUUUUCAUGAAUUAUUAAUUUUCUCAACAAGAAGAAAAAUUGCUCCCUUCUCUCAAGUGAAGUUGUAUCGUUUCAGGAAUAAACUUGUAAAUACAGUGGAACGAUUCGUUACUUUUCCUGUACAUCAGGCGUGUCUACACCGUAUAAUAGAUUUCUUCGGUUUUAUAUUUCACAUUCAAAACUUAACCCUGACUAGUUAUAUUUGUGUAUAUUUUAAUGAUAACUGAUUCAUAUUUUCAUAUUCAGUUUUUCUCAACAUAAAACAGAUAUUUUGACUUAUCAGUUCUUAACAUAAAUCAGACAUGCAUGUCUUGUAUUAUCUUGUUAUAUUUCUUUC